AUGAUGUUGGAAUUUAGUCAUUCUGGUGUUAGGAAAAGAAGUUGUAACGGAUUUUCUUUACACAGGAAGCAUGUGUAUAAUAAAAAGUUAAGCAUCCCUAUAGCACUAAGAUUCUUCUACCUUCCAUUACUCAUUUACGUGUUGGCAAGUAAACACUUUUUGAAUGGAGUAAAAGCUGCAAAUGAUGGGUCGAGUAAGUUUGCGACAUGUCUUGCGUUUAGUAUAGACGCCUCGCCUUUGUACAUUAAUGAAGAUCAUUUGGAAGGAAUCAGCUUCCUCCAGGAGGGAGGAAGGGUUUUGGAGAAAAGUAGCAAGUUCUUGAGAAAGAAAUUUGGCUAUGAAGAUUCAGAUUCUGACAGCGACGAUGAAAGCAACUCUCACCGGGAGGCCGCCCACCCUAGUCAGACCCGGAGUGCCCCGUUUCAACAACAUGAGCAACGCAGAGUACCGAACCACGCAUCCGGAGGAAUUGACGACGAUUCUCCGUUUGCUAGGGAGUUGAAACGAUCCAGCUUUCAUGAUCACCUUAACCAUAAAGUGUCCGCAGGGGAUGAUUUGAAGUUUACCAAGGCUGGCGAGGAAGUGUUUAGAAACUUUAAGGAUCUACAAGCACCAAAGUUUACAUUUCAUCCUCACGAAAAGCACACGUUUAAAAACGUUGUGAUUGAAAGAGACACCGAUGUUCUCGACUUGAGGCAGAAGAAUGGAAUACUGUCUGCCAAGUUUAAGAUCGAUACUAUAGACGACAACUCUCUGAGGCUGCUGGAUCACUUGUCAAAGAAUACAGCAAGUUGCACAGUAAAAUGGGUAUCACUUUCAAAGGACAAAAACACAGGCCAGAUUCACAUGGACUGUAAGUUCGACGUAAAGGCUCAGGGAUUCUCUGGAGAUACGCCAAUCAAGGUUAAAAUCGAGGGAUUUUUCUCAAGAGUUCUGAACGAUAUAAAUUUGUCGACGGAUGGAAUGACGUUUCAUGAGCAGUUUAACAAUGCUCUCAGCUUCAAAACGGAGGUUAUGAAGGCGCUGGGACUGGACCCUCUUCAUGAAUGUUCAAUAAUUAAAGUAAACGGCAAAAAGUUUAGUAUAGAUGAAAAGGCGUUUAGAUUUAUGACUCACUUAGUAGACGAUGGAAUUAAAAAUGUAAUAGUGAUAGUAAGACCGUCAAUUAGGCUCUUGAUCCACAUCAAGAGGCCGUUCUCAGGAGUAAUUGAGAGCUACACUCACGAUGCAGGAUACAUGACAAUAAAGGAAUACAAAAAUAUGUUACUGUGGAGAGAAAGAGCGGAAAAGUUUUGCAGUAAAAUCACCAAGGACGACUCAGCGAGAUACGCCCUCGUAGGCAUCAACGACAAGUUCAUGGACCUGAACAACUACUUCUUCCACACGUUCAGAGACUAUCCCACUGAGCUGAUCACAGUGUUGACGUUCAUGCCAUACGUGAUUAUCAACUUUUACUCGCUAGAAAAGUUAGUUGUCUCUAAGCAGUUCGCACCAUUCCACAAUCUCAAGGGCAUUUUGGAGUUCGGCAAGACCAUGAUCACCAAUUUUAACAAAAACCUAAACAUAAACAACCCUGACUACAGAGUGUACUCGUACUCGAUUCAAGGUUGUUAUGAAGAGAAUAGGGACCUUUCCCUUCUGGUAAAGAAUAAUGGGAUAAAAACAAUGCCCAUGAUUCCACUCUCUGAAACAUGCACGAACAGGGACACCAACGUGCUCAACCUGUAUUUUUUGAACCACAGGCCAACUAUGUUCAACUUUGAGGCGGAGGUGUACGGGCCAGAUGGAAGUCCAAUAUCUACCUACAAAAUUGCAAUGAACUACGACCCUCGCGCAAGGCUUUCUUAUCUGAAGGAGGAGGUUCUUAGCAGGCUCCUGAGAGACGGCCACUUAGUCUCCUCCAGUGAGCUGUUUUUCAUUAAACUGGCAAACAGGAAAGGACAGAACGCAACGGAUGACAUGCUCAUCAACGACGUUAUCGACGUGGUAGAGGAGCAGAAAACGUCGAUCCCCCCUAAGUUUAGGAUCGCAGUGAAUCCGAGAUUUGACGUAGUGUAUAGAGGAAAGGAUGGCGGAUACGAAAAGUUCAGAAUAGAUAUGAACAAAACUAAUCCGACAAGGAAAGACUUCACAGAUGCAGUGGACGCAGAGUUGCACGAGAAGCAUCUGUUGGGACCAGACGAACACAUACACACUGUGAAACUGCAUCCCAGAAACCCGAAGAAGAAUAAGGUCAACUUUAAUGUGGACAUAAGGAGCGACGACGACGGCCACUUCCCAGCGGGGCUGAGAGCCGAUGAGAUCGCAGCGGAGACUGACCUGAGGAUGAAGAUACCGGUGGAGUUCGUGCGCGACAACGGAAAAGUAAUUAAGUUUACAAUCAAUGCAGACUACGGAGCGUCUGAUGAUGAGAUAGAGCGUCUGAUAAGGAACGAGCUUAGGAAGAAGGGCUACAAGAAGGACAUACCUGGUCUCCACUUCGACGUGAGGAACUCGAAGCACAAUGACCUUCACGAGUUCUGGGAAGGAGGACCUGACGUAGACAGGUUUGUAAUCAACACUGAGCUCGCGAGCGAAGUGGAAGUGGACGGGGAUGUCCACGGAAUGCCUUUUACGACUCACGUGAAGGUGCACCCGAGGGAGACCAUGGAUCAGCUGAACGAGGACGUGUUGAGGAGAGUGAGGCAGAAUCCGAAGAUUAGAGCAUGGUUAGAUGAGGACCCAUCUAGGGAGAGUGAGGUGUACACAGUGGUCUCUGACAUGAAUGGCAGAGUCUACGACGACGACGAGUUGGGAAGCAACGGGCUGUACAACAGCAGCGGCAGGAUAAGAAUAGGAGUGUCGGAUCAUCCCUUUGAAAUGGUAUGGAAAAAUCCAGCAACAGGAGAAGAAGUGAGUUUUUGCCUGUCUAAGAGGCCAGACGGAAGGUGCAGGCCGCUGCCGCCGAAGCUGGUCAAGUUCCCAAUUCAGGACUUCAUAGACCACCUUAUCAAGGUGAUGAAGAAGGAGGGGAAGUACGAGGAGCACGUUGCAAAGCCAGUGAGAGCAGGCCGCAUGUUUACGCCGAACAUAAGGCUCAAGGAGGUGCGCACAGCCGACGGUCGAAGGUACAACUGCGCAGAGCUGCCUGAGGACGCGAACUUCACCUUGCUGGAGUACGCCUUCGAUCUGCAGGUGUCGGACAUAAGGGCGAUGGUGUUCAGCCUGAUGACAGCAGAUGAGCUCGAGAACCUCCACGAGCGCCAGAAGUCCAACAGGAGGUACAAGGUGGUGAUAAACAAGGACUCUGGCGACAGGGAGUCUCACCUGGUGACCACGGACGACUACAGUCCAGCUGAGCUGAGGAACUUGAUAUACAAGAACUUCUCAUCAGUGCCGUCGGACGCGACGAUCGACGACCUGAAGUUCUACGACGACGCUGACCACGAAGUGGACUACGAGCACUUCACGAAGAGGCCGAAGCAGAACGAGACUCUGAGAGUGAAGUUUUCGAUGAAGGACGACAGUCCGAGGCCGCCGAUGCCAGAGUUCGACGACGUGGUGAUCCAGCCGAAGCCUUACGAGACGAUAAGGGAGUACUUCCUUCGAGCGAUAGAGGAGCCCUCGGACUUCGGCCUGUCGCCGAUGCAUUCGUACACCGUGGUGGGCAUCGACGACAAUGGCAACUAUGUGCAUGUCGACAACAUGCUGGAUGUUCCAAUAAAGGACCUGAAGAACUUGAAGAAGGUGCAGUUCGUGAAGAAGCCAGCAGUGAGGCCUGACGCGAACCCGGAGAUAUACUACAGCGACAGGCUCCCGGAUCAGUCGCCGAACGUGGUCACGGUGGAGUUCGACAGCAGCAAGGAGAGCGUGCCCUCGCUCAACUCUAAGAUCAGGAACUUCCUGAUCCAAGUGCCCCCUGAGCAGAUGGGCCACGUUACAAUCGAAGCAGACGGAACGAAGUUGAAGUGUUCGCUUGAAACACUGAGGGACGCGUACAUGAUAAAGAACUUGACACUGGAGAAGCUGAUGGCGCUGUGUCAAGGAGUGGACAGACAGAAGGGGUUCAACCAUCUGAAGAUGAACCUGAACUUGUCUCCAGAGGAGAUGAAGAAGAGUGAAACGUACAACUUGUUGGACGGCCUGGGAACUCCGGGCGGGUCCCCUAUCGCAAACUUUACACUAUAUAAGGGCCAGACAGACCUGGGCCUGAGCACACUGGUGAAGGUUAACGUGGGCACGAUGAAUUCGCCAGUUGCCGACUUCUACACGAAGAUGGUUCAGAUGUUCGGCGACUCGAUAAACAACAUAAACGACAUAGGCAUAUCACUGAUAAAAAACGGAAGAAUGUAUCCUUGUAACAACUCUAAGACGCUGCGGGGCCUGAAGGAGUUCAGCAAGGCAACCCUGGCCAAAAUAUUCCAAAUCUGCGGGCUGCCAGCGGUGAUUCCCGAAAACGGGUCGUAUUUCCACUUCCACGUGAGCAUAGACUUGAAUGUUAGUCCCAAGUCAGGAGGAGCAACUUCAAUGGGCAACACAGUCCCGUUGGACAUAUCCUACGACGAAGAUGAUCGCAUGACAAACGUACACUACCAGGAGAACUUGUACCCAGAUAUCGCAAACUACAUAAACGAUAACCCGGACAUAGACGGGUCGAACCCGAGCAAGUACCGAGUGACGAUAAGGGCUGAGGAGCCCAGCCACAACGUGAUGACGAAGACGUACGAGAUGAACGAGCUCCCGCACAACCUGACGAUGCACGACAUGUUCCCGGACACGAACGUGCAGGAGCUGAACAUCACAAUAGACAGCAAGGAUGGGAACAACCUGGGUGGAUGGAGGUCGGAGACAGUGCACCCAGUUAACGACUUCAAGUCCAAUUUCGAUGCACUAAAGAGGCAGAUCAUACUAAACCUGAAGACGAUGCAUGGAAACAGCCUCGACUCGCUAGACAGCUACGUGGUAAAGGUUGGAAUAAACGGAGUAAAGCACCAGUGCCACAUAGAUAACCUAUCGCAGCUAGUGUCAAUGUCCCUAAAGGACUUCCUCAAGAACUGCGUGAACAUCGAGAACGUGAACAACAACCCUUCAAUGUCAUUCGGAGUCGGCUACGAGCCUAGGGUGAACGACGGGAAGAAGUUUAACGUGAAGGUGGUGUGCGGAGACAAGACAGUGUACUCAGUGCAAAACCUUAACAUAAAGGACCCUAUCCCCUCGGAGUUAAUCGGAAAGUUGAAGGCCAAAUACGGCGACGUGAUGAAUGGAAUACAGUGGGGAGCGUACAUAAACAAGGUGCAGGGAGACUGCCACUUCACAGGGAUCCUGGACAAGGUGGAUAUGCGCUCAGUGCUUUCUCUGUGCGGAGUUAGCGACUCCACACUGAACGCGUAUGACGUGGUCUUCUACGACAUGAACUACGAGACGUACAAGCUGUUCAACAGCAAGAUGAAUACACAUGAGGGAGCAGGGGAGUUCCCGGAUGUGCUGAAAAUCUCUCAGACCGUGAGGGAGAUGAAGUCCCCGGUGCGCAUCAGCAUGCCCUACAGCUACCACGGCCCAGACAUUGAAGUGCGAGGAGAUGAGACGCUUAACGACUUCGUGAGGCAAAUAGUGAACAAAGAGGACGAGUUCAACCCAGGAAACCCCUUCAAAGUGAAGGUGCACACGAACAACGGAACCUUCGGAGUAGACCAGCUGCCGAAGGGGGUGAUAAACCACCCCUCUAGGGACCUGAACGGGAGCGUGUCGUUCAUAAUAGAGGACGACAUGGAAGGCAACGACCCGGGAACUGUGCUCAAUUUGCAUUUCCCAGACAAAAAGCAGACCCUGGGCGACUUCCUGAUCGAGUUGGAGAAGAACCCAUCGAACGCGAACAAGAAGUUCUACUUUUCAAGCAAGAAGUCGUUCAUCCCUUCAGAAAACGUGCCUGUUGAGAUCCUACACACGCCAAUAGACGAGCUGAAGGGCCACGGGUUCUUCCUGACAGUAGUAAACCAGUCGAAGAGCCCGGAGAAGGGCACCAAGUUCUCAGUGAACAUCCUGUCGAGAGACGGAGUGUCAGCGAGUGAGUCGGUGGGAGACCUGCAGGAGCCUCUGACGAGCCUGUUCGAGAAGAUAUCGAAGAACCAGGGGAGCCUGGACAAGAUGCUGGGCGGCAAGUUCAAGGUGAUAAUAGACGGCUUUGAGACGCACUGCAACCUCGAUAACCUGGCGAGCUUCCAGAACGGAAUGACGCUUGACAGCCUUCUCACGAUGUGCGGCGUGCCUGACCUGGACCACAACCACGUGGUGACCAUAUUCUUCGAGACGCCGAUAUCGCAAAAGGCAGAGGGGCUCAAGUUCAACAUUGACCUGAACGACAAGCCGCAGGGCUCGAAGAACCUGGAUUACGGCUCUGAGUUCACAGUAGGGCCAGACGUGGAGGAGUUCCUGAGGAAGAAAAAGGACGCGCACGUGUACCUGGACAUCGAGAACAAGGACAAGACCAAGGAGUUUGUGGAGGUGGACAGCAGUAAGUUCCUACAGCUGCUGAGCGGGCACCCGGAGGUGGUGGACAUGCUGCUGAGGCUCGGCGUGCCGCAGACUCAUCUGGGAGACCUGCAGUCGCUGCACCUGGUGAUCUCGAACCUGACCAAGGCGCUGCAGGGCCACCAGAGCUACAACAUAGACAACGGCGACGACCACGCGUACGACAUGGACAGCCCGAUUUCGAAGUACGUGGACAUAGUUGAGCUGAAGCAAAAGCUGCAGGAUAACCCUGAGCUGAGAGUGCGAGGCACAGUGAUGCUCUCGGACGGAAGCAAGCAGGAGUUCGACAUCAGGGGCAAGGACUUCGUGCACGCCGUGGACGGAGGCCAGACCUUCAGAGAAGUGAGCCUCAGGGCGCUGAGCUCAGGCGACGCCAACAACGUCGUCCACGUGAACCUGAGCUCGUUUGAGGGCGAGGAGGAGCACGGGCACGCACCCCUGCCGAAGAGGAAGAUGUUUAAGAGGAGGUCGUCCCUAGGAUCUGGGAAGAAGGGAGUUCUCGCACCUAUCAUCGGAAGUAAGCUGAAGGAAUCGCUAGGGCUGAGGCGCUCAAGUGAGCCUACAAGCAGUGAAACGAGUGAAUCGGAAGGAGAGCCAGAGUCAAAAUCGCAAAAAACUGAGAGUCAUCCGCACCCAGCGGCUGAAGGAUCGGCAAAGGAGAAGCACCACGUCGACAUCAAACUGCCGACGGGAGCAGGCAGUAAGAAGUCGGGCACUGAGUCCGGAAAUGAGUCUGGAACUCAGGCCAAGGAGAGGCCAGGAACGCCGCCACCAAGCCCACAGGAGGCGGCAGAGGCCGCCCACAGAGUACCAGGGGUGCCUCCAACUCCGCGAGAGUUAUAUGAAAGUGAGUCCGGCAAGGGCUCCGAAUCGGAAAGCGAAGCGAGAUCACGCAACAACAUGGGUCCUCACCCGUUGAGCAACGAGAGCGUGCUGAGAAACAUUCCACUAUUCAGGGAGAUAAUCGCAAACCCGGAAAAGAAGCUGAGCAUGAAGGUUAAGACGACCAAUGGAAAGGUUUACGACCUGAUAGUGAGGGGCGGCAUGCUGCAAAAGGCAAUAGAGCACGGGAACAAGAUGCGGGAGCUCCUGGAGCACUACCUGCAGAACGACGACGUGGAGGACGUGCACGACAUAGAAAUCUCGGCGAAGCUGGGGUCGAAGUUCACAGUACCACUCAAGAAGCACAUCAAGGUGACGCUGCCGGUGAUGGCGUCCGACGAGCCCCAGGAGUGCGACCUGAACGACUUCAAGAACCCGUGGAACCCGCCGGAGAAGGUGUGGAAGGUCGCGACGGUGAAGUCGGCGCUGGACUCAUACGCAGAGGCCCAUAACAUCAAGGAUAAGCCGAAGGCCGUGUACCUGCUCAACAAGGAGGACCACGAGAACCUGUCGGCAGAGAUCAUUUUCGACGAGGACCACCCGCAGGACGACGCAAAGCUGAAUCGCAAGAUAGGAGACGAUAUCACCAAGGGAAGGACGCUGUUCAUAAGAUACAAGGACACGGGAGAGCUAGCCAACUAA